CAUAUGUAUUUAUAUUGUAUGUCAGUUUGUGUAUGUGAACGCUCGUAAUAAUAAUAAAAAUGAAUCCAGCGCGAAGCUUAAAUGCGAUUACCUCGGUAUUUACAUAAAUAUACAUAUGUAUGUAAUUCACAAAUAUUUUAUAUGACGCGCAAAUAGCCACGAUGCACUCUGUCUACGUCAAAUGGAAACGCAGCGGCUAUCGGCAUUGUAAACAGGCUUAGUACAAAAAUUUCAAGUGCAAAGUAAAGAAAAAGAAAAGGCAACGUAGCAGUGAGUGCGAAAAUUAGCAACAACAAAGUGUUAUUUCUAAAAAAAUACAACGCGACCGAAGCGCCGAAAACGCGAUAGUGAGUUUAUCGAAGCUCCUGCUGUUGUACUAGCAACCGGGCGCGUUAAGGUCAACAGCACUCGACAUAGGUGAUCCAUUAUUGACGCGCGGACAACAACGGAGCGUAUUACGUGGCGCGAUUGAUCGAGAGAUCGUCUCGCGAUGAGUCGUGCAUACAUACAUGCAUAUGCAUAUAUUUAUGGAGUCUAGCAUACUCAUACAUAUGUUGUCCGCUGGUGAUUACGUGCAACAGAGUGCGCGAUCUACAAGUGACGCACGCGACACGUAAAACAGACAAUUUGCGUUCCAAGAAGUGUUAAUUAGAUCUGAGUACACACAUACAUGCAAACAUCUGCAUGUGUAAGCGCAUUACUCAUUCUACUCAGCACAAGCGUAAUCGUAGAAUAACUUACGUGUCUUCCGCCAGCUUGCGUAUCUCAGCGCCAGAUCAGCGCGACUCAUCGAUUUGUCGUUAAAUGUUCAACGCUCAACGUCACAGCAAGCGGUUCCAUGUUAAUUAGCAAAAAAAAAAUGAUUUAAUAAAAAAUUAAACGAAAAGGCUUUUAAAUAUUGACUCUACUCGACCGCUCGAGGUGACUUGUUAGUUACACCUCAUAAAUUACACAACGCGCGCCGUCAAUAUCAUCAAUCAAAGCAGCGUUUUGCGUCGCGGAGCGUCCAAUUGUCUGGCGACGUGGUGAGCGUUGUGCGUCAGUGCGGGUUUUUGUGCUUGCGGUCGGUCGAUGGUCUUUGCUGCGUCAAACGCUCCAUGGCUGUUGGGAAAAUUCUCAUUACUAGCAACAAGAAAGGCAAUAAGAAAGGCAAAAACAACCGCAGCGCUUGAUUGGUGUGGGGUUGCAUGUGCGUCACGUAAACUUAUCGCUUGACGUCAUUUGCGCUCAGCUAACUGCACGUUUUAAGCACUAAAGACCGGCCACGAUCAACUUGAAGAUCAGUUGAGCAGAAAUUAAAAGCAAAACGAACGCGCGAACGCACUCUCCAGUGCGUAUGCAUACAAUGGCAGAGGAAUGAACAAAACUACCACAAAGAACAAUAACAAAAGCAAAAAUAAUUAUUGUAAGCAAGUCAGCGCCUCAAAGGCGUCUAUCAAAUGCCCACAAUUGUUGACACAAAGCAUGGCCAGUAAUAGCACUGGGCGCGGUACCGAAACGAGCGCACUUGGAUCAACAGAUUCUACGAGUGAAACCGUGCCUACAACAACAAUCAGCCACCAACUGCCUAAUUCGGCCAGAGCAGCUUCAGCGCAACGUGUACGCACUAAAAGCGCAAGUGCGGCGCGUAAAUCGCCCCAAGCUUCUACCGCACAUAAAUCGAAAAUGACUGCCACAAUAGCCGGAAGUGCGUCCGAGCACACGGUGGGCUGCGUACCGACCGAUGCGUUACCCUCCACGCCUACACCGUCCACUACAUUGUCCGCUGUGUGUGCGGACCCAAAUGAGUAUUGUAAAGUAAUUGACACAGCCAAACAUAAAUCAGCGCAGGGAGAUGAGUUGCCUGCCUGGAGCUGCGUUGUUGAGUAUGCUCGCAUUAUUGAUGUUGGCUUCCCGCCACACUCAGCGCUAAGUACCAGCGACAAACGUGCCACAGCCACUGCGCCGGCUGGCGACGUGAAGAGACGCACAACAAAGAAAACAGCGGACACAAAAAUAGCGACAACAACAUCAAAACACACGGCGUCGUCUGCGCUGGCAUUGACAGUUACACGACAAACGCAUACACGUACGCCAGCCAUCGUCAAUGCAGCGAGCGCGACAUGUGCGCUGAGGCAAUUAACGAAGGAAAAAACAAACAUAACAAGCACUACCAUUACCACUACAACAACGGUGGCGACGAUGACAAACACCAGCACAGCUGCGUCAGCGACGGUUAUGGCGGGGGAGGCCGCACACUCGUUUGCUACUACUACCCGACGACCUGUACACUCGGCGUCGGCUCGUUUGACGUCUACGUCAAGUGCGCGGAUAUCGUCGACGGCGUCGCAGGUGGAAGGGGUCGCGUUGACGGCGACGGUAGAUACGAAAUCAAAAUUCACUGAAAAUAAAUGUCCGUUGGGUGUGCUAACGAAUGUUAGUAAUCAGAGAAAAGUUGAAGCGUACAGUACGAUACCAGCAACGGAGCAACAGCGUAAGCUUGUCAACAGCAAUAAUUCUAUAUCAAGCGAAAGCAACAACAAGCAAAGUGAGAGAAAUAGUACCAGCGUUAGUACCAACCGAGUGCCGAGCAACGAGUGGCCGCCAACUGAAGUGAGUUCAGUUAGUACAGAAUAUGAUCCUGCCUACAAGACAAGCGCACACGCAGACACAACCACCACCAACAGUCGCAGUAAGGACACCGUGAGCACAGUGAAUUUAGCCGCACGGAAGGCGAAACUGAAGUCGGAUUUCUUCAAGAUUUUCCAAGUGCACGAGCUAGUGAGCCCACACUCAAAGCAGACCACGUCACUCACAGACAUUUGUGGCGCAGUGAAAACUCAGAGAAUUUCGUGUAAAGAUUUUUGCAAGACACAAAGUGCGAAGAUAGACAAGUCGUCGCCUAGAGCGAACCAGCAAUCGGCGUACACAGCUGCCGAAGGAUUACCCAGAAUUGACGUACAACCAGUAGAGGUUGACUCACUAGUGGCGCAACGCAGAUUAGCUUUAACGCAGAAAUUCGAGCAACACUCAACGCCGAAAAGUUCCUACCGCAGUCAGAAACACCAGCUAAUUGGCGCAGUUAAGGUCGAAGACUUAGUACAAAGAUUCGAGAGACAGACUACGAAGACUAAACGGAAAAGAAUGAUUGUGCAACCACAGAAAACGUGCGAGCACACAGACAUCGAUAUGUUAAACUUAAAACCCGACACAUUAGAGCUACGCAACAGUCCCAUCUCCGAUGAGGGUUGCAAUCUCGGCCAGAGUCCUUAUUCCUCAGAUAGCGAGGACACGACGGAAAUAGCAAAAGGCAGAGCCCGAAAUGCCGUGGAGCACAUCAAGCGCAAGGGGAAAGUUGUGCGCACGGCCAGCAGCGAUUCAGCGGUCGAUUUGGAUGUGGACGAGUGCAUGGAUACAGCACCUGCACAACCACCCGUAGGCGCCGCUGCAGGCAAUCAACAACGUCGCAUGACACUCACCGUGACCGAUUUGCCAUUGCGUCCAGCGUUACUGCCAUUAGCCGAACCCACUGCACUGCCCGACACAACGCUCAUCGAGCUACCACCAAAAGCAUUGUGCAAUCCACCACCCGAACCGGUGGCGGUGCCGAGCAAGGUGCUGUUAGAGGAGCGCGUUGUUGAGCUGCCAGAAGAUCCACGUACAUUGGCGCCGUCACUGCCCUGUUCGCGUCGUGAAUCUGCACAGAGCUGCGCCAGUGACACCAUGCCAACUGAGUUCCCCGUGGGCAAACGUUUCGUGCGCACGCCAUCCGUUGUCGUCUCCGACUACUCGGAUGAAAUUUUGUGCGGCAUUACGCUCGAGGAAAUCGAAUAUUUACGCGCUCAGCGUAUGCGUCGACGUCACUCCUCACUGGACACAGCGAACGAAGGCGAAGGCGAAUGCGAUGUGAGCGCUUCUUCGUCCUGCAGCAAUCUAUACUACUGUGGUUCCACCAUAUCCGCAUUGGAUGGCGCCGAGUGCUAUGUUAAUGGCAUACGCACCGCGUUGGAACGGAAGGCCAGCGAUUGCUCAACAUGCUCCGUGAGCGCCGAUGAGGAGACCUUCACCAUACACGAAGAUCCACAGGCGGAGUCCAAGGAUAUUUCGGAGCUGCUCGCCGCCCAGCAUUUGGAUGCGAAGCCAACAACAGGAAAGAAGGUAGGUUUGGUGGUGCCCAUUGGAGAGAGCUUGAGCGAAAAGAUUAACUAUUGAAGUCACAAAAAUAAAUCUCAAGAGAAUUAAGAGAAAAAGUAUUUUAUGUUAAAAAAAAAAAAAAAAAAAAAAAAAAAAAAAUACGAAAAAAAUCCCAAAGAACUGUUAUGUAAAAGCAAGAAAUUGUUAAUUUUUAGUGUAUAACUGUAUAUUUGAAAUGCAAAAGACCGUUAUGUGGUAGCAUGAUAUACAUGUACAUAUAUGUAGUCAAAUGUUUGUGUGUAUAUUAGACAGUGAUUAUUAUUCCGUUAGUCGUAAGUCGUCAUAUGAGCUGAGCCAGUGUUUGGUGAGCCGUGGCAAGUGGCAGUGUGUGAGAGAGGGAAGAAAACGAGGAGUAAGAGUGAUAUACAGUUUUAAUUCAAUUUAUCUUAUCGUUGAGGCUCAUUUUUAACCCAUUUUUUCUAUUUUUAAUUUUUUUAUUUUUAUU